AUGAAGCAGUCUGCCGCUAUCUUGGCCGCCCUUGUGGCCUUCGCCGCCGCCGAGGUCCCUCAGGAGAAGUCGCAUCAGUCCAUUAUCACUGCCACCCAGAACAUCCUCCAGCUCAACAACCGUUUCAACAUUGUUGACCCCGUCUUCGGUCUCCUCGGUGCCGCCGCCGCCGCCGAUGGUGCUGGUGACGUGACCAAUCUGGACUGUCUCCAGCAGAUCAUUGCCGACGAGGCUUUCACCAACGCCCUCGCGCUCGACGACGAGAAUGAGCGAAUCACUGGUCUCGCCAAUGCCCUGCUCUACCGUGCCCUUGAGAAGAACACCGGCUCCGUCGGUCUUGCUAGCGUGGACUGCAACGAGACUGCCAACAACGCAGAGAUCGCUGCCAUCUCUCAGCACCAGGAUCCUGCCUCCGACAACGCCCAGCAGAUCAACAAGGACAUCGUCCUCAACCUCGCUGUCCAGCUCGCGAGCGUUGGUGCUGACCCCACCUUGGCCCUUCUGUCCGGCACUUUCACCCCCGGUGAUGUCAACGACCCCACCGGCGCUGGCAACACUUGCGACGACGACGAUGCUGUCGGCUGCAUCUUCACCAAGAACUUGAUCGUCGCUGAUGCCACCAUUGAUGAGAUCAACCAGGCCGUUUCUGACGCCAUGGGUGCUGGUGCUCCUCAGGCCGACGCGGAUGCGGCUGAGAACCUGGACGUCUUGGCUGCCCAGAUGGCUUCCGGUCAAGUCUCUGCUGCCGCUUCUGACUCUUCCUCGGAGGCUUCGGCUAGCGCUUCCAGCGACGGUGCCAGCAAUGGUGCUAGCGCCUCUGCGUCUGGCAAUCUCCAGGCCUUCAGCGGCAACCUCGGCGGCGCUGCCCCCGAGGUCCGCGACUCUGGCGAUGCCAACCGCCCCUUUGAGACCAAUGGAGUGACCUUCCAGAACAUUGGCGCUGCCAUCCAGCGAUCCUGUGCUGUCCAGCAUAACGCCUGUGCCAAUGCUGCCAACUCUGGCCAGAUUGAUGCCAGCGUUUCUGACUGCGAUGCUCAGGAGGAUCAGUGCCUUGCCCAGGGUAACCUUGCCAAGGUCAAGCGCGGUAAGAUUGUCAAGCUCCGACAGGCCGGUGCUCUUGACUUUGGCUCGUGCUCUGACCCCACUAUCCAGUUCGCCGAGGGUCUCGACGGUCGUAAGGAGGCUGCCUUCGCCCCCAACAACAAGGGUGACUUCAGCCAGGGCUCCGCUCUCAACAUCAACAUCAUCACCAGCUUCAUCUGCGGAAGGCUCCGAGACUCUUGCAAGGCUGAUGAUGCCACGAUUCAGGCAUGCGAGACUGGCCAGGCUGCCGCUCAGGGACAACAAGGCCAGGCCGCAGCUGAUGCCUUCAAUGCCGCCCUCGGCCUCUAA